CCCCAGAAUUUGUACUCUUUUUUUAAAAAUAUUUUUAUUUUUUAUUUUUCAAUUUUGAACAGGUGAUGUGAGUUGAGGCAAAAUGUUUGAUCUGUUGUUUAGUAGAAUACAAAAUCAAUGCUUGUUUCAAUUGUGGCUAAAGUUCUUGAAAUUUUAAUGGAUGAAUGACUUAUUAUUAUUAUUAUUAUUAAUUUUUAUUGGCAACAAAGAUAAAUCAAAAUUACAUUGUGUUGUAGCAGAACCUCCAUCAGAAGGAUUAAGAUGAGCAACACGAUCAACUAAGAUUCUUUCUGCUUCUACUGUAUAUGAAAGAGGUCCAACAAAAAAAAAGUGUAUCGAGUGGUUUGUGUUGAUUGAAGAGUACACAAGUAGCUAACUUUAUCGGAGAAAGGUAUAAUCACUAAAACUUUAAAUUCUUAAUUUAGUGGAGUUUGAAUAUCUUAGAUAUUCAUCCGUAGUGAAGUAGGUUCUGUGAAUAUACAUGUACUGCGGUCGGAUGGGUGGAUAGUUUUAAUAUUGUUUUGUUAGUUUUGUAUUAUUUUGUGUGUUUGUUUUUUGUUUUUUGCAUGUUUAAAAUUUUUGGGAACGUCCAAUUACAGUUGUUAUGCUGUCGAAAUUUCGGUCGAAUUAGGAUAAAUUUCAUUAAAAAUACAUAAAUUUUAGAUAAAAAAUGUAAGAACUUAGUGAAAAUUUAUAUGUGUGGUGAUUAAUAAAUACACAUUCAAACAAAUAAUUUAAUAAAGUUUUUUUUUUCUUUUUUAGAAGUUGCAAAAUGGAUAGAAAUUGGAUGAGUGCGAAUAGAUUAUCAGCAGAGUAUAAGGAAGGUGUUGACUUUUUUUUGGAUUUUUGUCAUAAGCACGCAAAAAAUCCAAAGUUGAUUCUUUGUCCUUGUCUUAAAUGUGGUAACAUGGAGCGUAUGAAUACUAGUAAAAUAAAGGAGCAUUUAUUUAGGAACGGAAUAGACAAGAGUUAUAAGGUUUGGUGUUACCACGGGGAAAAUAUUAGAGUUCAUGGCGAGGAAACAUCUAAGUCUAAGAAGGUUAAGAAUGUUAACUUGGAUUAUCAGGAUGAUCACAUUCCAGAAAUGAUAGGAGAUGCACAAUUUCAAUCAAAUGUCGAUCCAUUGGAAUUUCAAAAUUUUGUAGAGGAUGCUGAGAAACCUAUUUACCCUAAUUGUAAUAGGUUUACUAAAUUGUCUACGCUUGUUAGAUUAUACAAUAUAAAAGCGAAACAUGGGUGGAGUGAUAAAAGUUUUACGGAUUUACUAGCUUUUCUAGUAGAGUUAUUACCUGAAGGUAAUGAGAUGCCUUUGUCUUUCUACGAGGCAAAGAAGACACUGUCUUCCUUAGGUAUGCAAUAUGAAAAGAUACAUGCAUGUCCUAAUGAUUGCAUUCUAUAUCGUAAGAGUUUUGUGGAUGCAAUAUCGUGUCCCACGUGCGGUGAGUCUAGGUGGCAAAAGAAAAAGAAUUCUGAUGAGGUAAAGAUUGGUGUCCCUGCAAAGGUAUUAUGGUACUUACCCCCAAUACCUCGUUUGGUUCGAUUCUUUCGAAAUGUCAAUCAUGCAAAAAAUUUGACCUGGCAUGCCACCGAUAGAAAACUAGAUGGUAAGAUGAGACAUCCAGCUGACUCCCCUGCUUGGAAAACAAUCGAUGCUAGGUGGCCUGAAUUUGCAAAUGAACCUAGGAAUAUCCGUCUUGGUCUUUCUGCAGAUGGAAUUAAUCCACAUACCACCCUUAGUAGUAAGUAUAGUUGUUGGCCAGUUUUGCUUGUGAUGUAUAAUUUACCGCCUUGGUUGGUAAUGAAGAGAAAGUUCACUAUGCUCACAUUGUUGAUAUCUGGCCCUUCACAGCCUGGUAAUAACAUUGAUGUGUAUUUAGCUCCUCUAGUUGAUGAUUUGAGUCAAUUAUGGUAUGAGGGUGUUCCUGCAUACGAUGCCUUUAGGAAUGAAGACUUUAAUCUUAAGGCUAUAUUACUGUGGACCAUAAAUGAUUUUCCAGCUUUUGGAAAUCUUUCUGGAUACAGUGUGAAAGGGUACAAUGCAUGCCCGAUUUGUGAGGAGAGAACAUGUUCUAUGUGGUUAAAACACUCGAAGAAAAUGAGUUAUAUGGGACACCGAAAGUUUUUGCCUACAGGACAUGUAUUUAGGACUUGGAAAAAAGCAUUCGAUGGUAAGCAAGAAUUAGAAAUGCCGCCGUCACCUUUGCAAGGAGAAGAAUUGUUAGAAAAGUUGAAUAAAGUUCAAUUCCACCUUGGAAAGCGAAAAUUGACUUCGAAGAAAAGAAAAGGUCAGCGUGAGAAAAGUGACGUUGCUGCAAGUGAACAUCAGGGGCCAUGGAAAAAGAAGUCAAUAUUUUUUGAGCUCGAAUAUUGGAAGCAUUUGGCGUUGCGUCAUAAUCUAGACGUGAUGCAUAUUGAGAAGAAUGUGUCAGACAGCUUGCUUAAUACCUUGUUCAAUAUUCCCGGGCGGAGUAAAGAUGGAAUUAAAUCUCGCCUAGAUUUGAAAGAAUUAGGAAUACGGGCCAAUUUACACCCACAAGUUGUUGGUGGACGUACAUUUUUACCACCGGCUUGUCAUGCUCUGACUAAAGUAGAAAAACAAUCUUUGUGUAGUUCUAUCUCCAAUGUGAAGGUACCGGAAGGGUACUCCUCAAAUGUCUCUGACUGGGUAGAUAUGAGUAAGUUAAUUUUGAGUGGUCUGAAAUCUCAUGAUCAUCAUAUAUUAAUUCAACACAUUCUACCAGUGAGUAUCCGUUCUGUGUUGCCUAAAAAAGUUCGAUAUGCAAUCACAAGGUUGUGUUUGUUCUUCAAAUCUCUUUGUUGUAAAGUGAUUGAUGUCACAAAGUUAGAGAACCUCGGGUUAGAAAUCGUAGAAGUGUUGUGUUAUUUGGAGCAAUUUUUUCCGCCUUCUUUUUUUGACAUAAUGGUUCACCUAACAGUGCAUUUGGUGAGAGAGGUAAAGUUGUGUGGACCAGUGUACAUGAGGUGGAUGUACCCAUUUGAACGAUACAUGAAAAUCUUAAAGGGUUAUGUGAGAAAUAGAAGUAGGCCCGAGGGUUGUAUUGUUGAAUCAUACAUUGUUGAAGAGACGAUUGAAUUCUGUUCAGACUACUUGUCAGAGGUUACAACUAUUGGCGCUUGUCCUACUCGGGUCAAUAGUGAAAUAAGUAAAGGGAGUAGGGGUGUUUCUGUUUGCGGUGUAAGUCGAGCUGAUCGUGAAGAAGCGCAUCGUCUCGUCUUGCAAAAUAUUGACGAGGUCCAACCAUACAUUGAGUAAGAUUAAAUCAACUAUUCAUACUUAAAACAAAUUAAUAAUAUUCAAUUGAAACUAAAAUCAAUCGAAUGCUUUAUUAUGUUGAAGGGAACAUUUUAAUUGGAUUAAGAGUAAUAAUCCGACUAAGG